AUGGCUGAACCAGCAACGCAAGAGUGGCCCGACCACCGCCUGAAAGUCAUGGUGCCCAUUUGGUCACUGUUGACCGUCAGCACAGCUUUCCUGGUAUGGAGGAUUGCUUACGGUAUCAAGAGUGGACGCAGAUUCUUGGCAUGCGAUUAUCUGCUGAUCGUGGCCUGUUGUCUCAACAUUGCAGCGACCUCGCUGACGCAAGUGAUCAUCGGUCUUGGCCUUGGACGACACAUAAUGGAUCCCUCUGUGCUUCCGAACAUGCGGCAGUACAGUUAUGUGCUCUGGAUCGAUCAAAUCCUCAAUGUCAUCGCGGUGGCUUUUUUGAAAUGGUCUAUUUGUGCAUGGCUGAUGAUACUCAACUUUUCCAAGACAUACCAAGUGAUCGUCUGGCUAUCGAUUCUUAUGGUCACAGCUUUGAACUUCCUGGCACCGGUCUUGACAUUUCUCGGCUGUGUACCUCUCGAGAAGAAUUGGAAUUUCGCAUAUCAGGGCUCAUUCAAGUGCUGGGCGGUAGGAGGUCUCAAACUCUCAUACACCCAGGGCGUCUCAAACAUUGUUACCGACAUUGUUUACAUGGCCGCUCCUUUGGUCUAUCUGUCGAACGUGCAGCUAUCGAGGAGAACGCAACUUGGCAUCCGUGUGGUGUUCUUGCUGAGCAUCCCGGCUACGAUAUGCUCUAUCUUCAAGACCAUAGAGCUUCACACAAUCUUCACUUCUCGAGACCCAACCUGGGAUGGUAUGAAUAUCACAAUCUGGUCUCAGGCCGAGCUGUCGCUAGGGAUCAUGAUCGCCUCCUUGCCACCGCUGCGCAAGGCGUUCAUCAGUAUCUUCCAGCGCAUCUUACCUUCUACAACGACCAGCAGUCGCAAGACGCCAUACUCUGGUCAAGGGUAUGGUCAAGGCCGCAGUGCAAACGGAAAUAUUAUCAUGGACAAUCUCAAGGGGAGUAAGGCGUACCACAGCCAUUUACAUGGCGAGUCGGUUCUGGAUGCGGACGACGACAGCGACCGUGCUAUCUUAGAGGAAGAGCCACAUAGAGGGCCUGGCAUUUUGAAGAGCAUGACUGUGUCGGUGGACAAAGCAUCAGUUAAUUCGAAUAGAGUGUAG